AUGGCUUCCCCUUCACAGAUCACAGUGCUUGCAGCCACUAUCUCGACUUGCACUGCUAUUGUAAAUGAAUACUUCAUGAAAAACAAGCUUCCGUUACCAUCCUUUGAUAUCUCUGGCCCUUCUCGGAUAAUCAUUCCACCUCACGAAAAAGAGGUUGCUGCGGCAUAUGCGGAGGUGUUAAAGGCAACCAUGGAACUUCAUCAUCUCAUGUUAGGACCUACAGCAGCUUUGAUGGGCACAUCGGCAAUGGAUAGUAUGAGCUUGCAAUUUAUAUAUGCCUAUGAUAUGGUCAAUACUUUCCCGGUAAAUGGCGAAGCGACCUAUGAACAAAUAUCUGAAAAGUGCGGCUUGAACGUGAUUGAUACUCGCAGAAUCUUGGGAUAUGCGAUGACGAACCACAUCUUCAAAGAGGUUCGACCUGGAGUAGUAGUCCAUACAGCAGCGUCGAAACUUCUAGCGACUGACCCCUUGUUGACGGAUUAUGUUGGAAUCGUCACUGAAGAACGAUUCCAGGCUGCUGCACACACAGUUGAGGCAGUCCAGAAAUUCGGAUAUGCAAAGGAGCCCAAUCAAACUGGAUACAGCCUUGGCCAUCGAACCAACAAAGGUCUCUAUGAAGAAUUGAGUGCUCAUCCCUCUCGAGGUAAGCGUUUUGCCAACGCGAUGUGCGCGUUCACCUCCAGAAAUGACCUUUCGUUGUUAUGUGAACGCUACGACUGGAGGAGUCUUGGGUCUGCAACCAUAGUGGAUGUUGGCGGAGGGUAUGGACCUAUCAGCAUUAGCCUAGCAAAAAGUUUCCCCGACUUGAAUUUCAUUGUACAGGACUUCGCAGGGGCAAUUGCAGAAGGACCAGCAUAUGUGCCAGCUGAGAUCUCACAUCGAAUAGAUUUCAUGGCGUAUGAUAUGUUGACUCCACAGACUGUUCGGAGCAUUGAUGUGAUAUUCUUCCGCGCUAUAUUCCAUAAUUGGACAGAUCAUUAUUGUAUCAAAAUCUUGCGAAAUCAAAUACCGGCGCUGAAGAAGGGAUCGAGGUUACUUAUCGUGGAGCCAUUGUUGGUGGAGUCAGGAGAGCUUCCAUGGCAUGAGGAGAGAAGACUUCGAACGAUGAAUUUGAAUAUGCUUUCAUAUUUUGGCUCUCGGGAGAAAUCUAUGGAAGAUUGGAGAGAGCUUUUCCGAGAGGCAGAUGAGCGGUUUGAGAUUAAGAGUGCUGUGAAGUUGGGAGAUUCCCUUACUUCCAUCUUGGAAGUCAUGUGGACAUGA